CGUGGUUGGAAAUUCGGUUGCGCCGGAUUGCAACGGUUCUUAUAUUAUUACUGAUUGGCUUGCAAGUUGGCGGGUUUGAUCGAGGCCGCGAAUCCUCCUUUCAAGUUGCUGCUGACCUUCUUUGACUGGAGUCAGAAACCAGGACUACCUGGGAGUAACUUUCGAAGUUACGUUCUGUUCGAAUUUGCUGCUAAGAGAUACCUUUCGUGCUGGUGCGGCUUGCCAUGAGCCUGAACUGACCUGCGGCAACACAACGUGUGGCCAUACCAGUACUUACUUGCUGGCUGGGCCUCCGAGUCCUCUCCGCGAGAUCCGCCGCGAUCAUGACCUUCGUACGCCCCUUACAAAUGUCCUCCCCUCGAAGUCGCGCUCUCAUUUUCUACCUCUCACCCACGAUCCUUCUCCUGACAACCGGAGUCUCUGGGCAUGGCGGACACACCGAUAAGAUUCCCGAGGGCGAAGCGGUAUCCCCGGACCCGCUCGACUCGCGAUUAUGGACGCACAUUUUGUUGAUGAUCUUGUCUUUUGGGAUGAUUUUCCCCUGCGGCAUGGUGCUGGGCAUCGUGCGCAGUCGAUGGCACGUUCCCGUGCAGAUUGUCGGGACGGUGAUUGCCACAGUGGCAUACUUUCUAGGACACAUGCACCGUGGGCGACAGUUCCGACACCCCAAUAUCCACGCGAGUUUCGCCAACAGCCUGGUCCUGAUGUUGAUUGUGCAGGUGGGACUGGGCGUCGGCUUGAAACUGCAUCUGGAACGAAAAAGCGGCUGGGUCGGACGAGUGUUUGGCGGCAAAGUAGGCACAUCGGGCCGCCGCGGCGUGGUCAUGGUACAUGGCUGGCUGGGCAAGAUGAUGCCCAUCGUGUCGUGGGCGCAGAUGCUUUUUGGUGGCAUCGUGGCCAUGGGAUACUGUCGCGGCGACCAUCUGGGCCAGUGUCUGGCCCAUUUCAUCAUGGGGUCCGCGUUCAUUGCGUACGGAAUCAUCAUGACGCUGCUGCUGCUCGUGGGCCAGGCAUGGCUGCGCCGCACGGGACGGAGUCAGGAGUUUUUUGAUUCCAUUGUCAUUGCCGCCUGGGGCUGUGUCAACACCUUUACCGAACACAGAUGGGGCCAUCCGUGGGUCAAGAAUGACUUGCAGCACACUUCCAUGGGCAUCGUCUGGUGGUGCGCGGGGUUGCUGGGCAUCUGGUUGUCCCGGUCGCGAAAUGGUCGGCCCAAACGGAACUUGUUGCCUGGUAUUGUCAUUUUCUUAACCGGCUGGGCUAUGGGUGCUCAUCCUCAGUCUCUGGAGCUUAGUACGAUGGUCCACACUGUGUUUGGAUACACUUUGAUGGCGGCCGGGGCCGCUCGCAUCGUCGAGAUUUCUUUUCUGCUAAAGGAUAGCAGAGGGGCUGGCGAGGUCAAUAGUUGGCAGCAUCUUCCGCCUUUUCUUCUCUACGCCUCCGGCUUCAUGUUCAUGGGCGCCACCGAAGAACAAAUGCAACUCUUGUCCGACGCCCAAGUCACGCACGUCAGCUACAUUCUGAUUCUGUUUUCCAUCGCUUUUUUGUUGUACCUCUUUGUCAAUAUCCUGCUGUACAUCUACGCCUCGCACGCCUGGCCUGACGACGAGAGCAACGGAACGCGGUCGUCCUCUCACCAUCGCGGAUCGCACAGAGUGGGCGGUGGUGCUGCAGCAGACGAAUCCGGCCAACAUCAUGGACUCGGACACUCGAGAAAAGCCUCGACACUCGCGAGCAUCGCCGGUGGUGGUGGUGGUUUGAACGGAAGUGCGGUUGUUCCGGGAGCCACUACCAAUGGCCAUGUCAGGAUGCCGUCGCUGCCCCGUCAUCAACGCGGCACAGAUAGUCAGCAAGUCCGGGAUGCCGAGGAGUUUGAACUGGAGGGCUUGAUCAGCGAAGGCGAAGAGGACAGACUAGUAGCAGGCGAGGAUGAUGAUGAUACUACUACUAGUCCGACGCGUCUGCUGGCCAAGAAGGAAAAUGGGGUCGUUGAUACUCCUGUCUGAUCUGGUUGACUGCAACCAAGACAAAUAUGAGAAGCAGCGGUUAAUAGGAUAGGAUAGGAUGGGGAUCAGAUCAUCUACGUGCAGUGGCUGGGUUCUUGGGUUUGUUUCGUGCAUUUUCCGCGGCGGUGUUGGAAUCUGAGAUUGCUCCCUGUCAAUGUACUGUAUAUAAUGAGGAAUUGGAACUUUGAGUUGUAAAGAAAGACCUGAUCAUGGAACCCGCAACUCGGGACUCAGACUCGCUCUGUUUCUUGUCUUGAGGGAGAGUCUCCUACGUUUGAUUUGCCAGUGCAGUGUGCGGCGUUGUACUCCUAGUGUUUUGAAACCGAUCACAGAUAGACCGUAAAUAUCCAUGCCUAGUGAUUACAUACAUUACAUUUCCCAG